AUGCCUCCUGAAUGUAGGAGGGGACAGGCAGGGGCUUUAUUGGUUAUGGGCGCCAUGCAACCGGCAACAUUAUCAGUACCCAUGUCAAGACAUGGUGCAUCUCUUAGUGGCCCCGGAAAAAGACAGCAAGGGCAAGCCCAGCGACGCGACUGGAAAAAACUGCAUUCUCCGCAAAGUUUCGUGCUGAAAGACGGGCAGAGGCUUAUGAUCAAGCGUGGGUUGUCGCUAUUAAGUUCCGUUAUGGCAAUAGGCUCUGAUAUGGAGUUGUGCGUCAACAUGGGAGGGAAACAUGCCGUCUAUUUGUUGCGGUGGGCGGCUGAAGAUCCUUCGCCGAUGUACCUUGGUGAUCCUGAUUCUGGACUUGGUUCAGGCUCAACAGUUACAGAACGGGAUUGCAAGUACGAAUUAGAUCGACUCUCCAUACGGAGUAUAUUUGCUGGAGUUGUCGGAAAUCCCGAAAUUGAAUUCCGAAGCGCAGUACUGCUAUUCGGACCUGGUAUCCAAAUCGCCGAGUUUUAUCCCAACAUUUGUCUCUAUGAUUCAGGUUACGGAUUGGUUUCAUUCCCGAGUGCCAACCAGGAUCCCUUGCUAGCUGAUGGGGUGGCUCCGGACCCCAAGCCUCUUGACGCCAAUGCCAUGAAGUGGCGUUCUGACUGA